GCAAAAUGUCCGACGAAAAUGGGCCUUCCAAAGUUGAUUUGCAGACAGCAAUGAGAAAAAUGAGAGCUCUCCCACCGAACAAACUCUGCUUCGACUGUGGUGCGAGGAACCCCACCUGGUGCACUGUCACAUAUGGUGUAUUUCUCUGUAUUGAUUGUUCUGCUGUUCAUCGUAACCUCGGUGUUCACCUCACGUUCGUCCGUUCCACCAAUUUGGAUACAAAUUGGACUUGGCUUCAGUUGAGAGCCAUGCAACUCGGAGGAAAUGGAAAUGCGAAUCAAUUCUUCAAAGCGCAUGGCUGCAAUACCACUGAAGCUCAACAAAAAUACAAAAGUCGAGCGGCUCAGAUGUAUAGAGAUAAGCUCUCAACCCUGUGCCAGGAAGCCCAGCGAAAAUUCGGGACUCAAUUGAUUAUUGAUACAGUAACUCAUGCAGAGGAAAAGCCAGCUGAGGAAGAAGAUUUCUUCGCUCAAGAUUUCGGUCACACUUCUGCAUCUGCUACUUCCUUGUCUUCUGAUGCAUAUAUUGCUGAUCACAAAUCUGAAGACUCUACUCACGGUCCAAGCGUUGAUCAUCUCGACUCUUCCGUCGCUGUUCCUACCUCUGCUCCAGUUUCCGUGAUUCUUAAAAAACCAAUCAAGAAAGCCACUCUCGGCGCCAAGAAAAAUGCUCUCGGAGCUCAAAAAGUGCGGAUUAAUUUUGAUGAAAUUGAGCAAAGAGCUGCUGAAAAAGAGAGACAGACGGCCGCCGAAGUUGCUGCGAACAAGCUUGCUUAUCAAACAGAGCUUGAUGGUAAGAAAAAAUCCGAUGAUGCCGCUGCAUUGCAAAAGCUCAGUGCCAAAUUUGCCAUGCAAGAUAUUGAUGCUCAAAGAAAGCAAAUGGAGGCAAAGGUUGCAAAAGAUCCUACAAAAGCCGCUUCAGUCGAUCGUCUCGGAAUGGGAGGUGUCGGUAGAUCCCGUGCCGCUCAUUCAGUCGCUGGUGGUAUUCGAUCUAUUAAACAGGAUGAUGUUCUUACGUUCAAGAAACCUUCACAGCCAAAAGAAGAUGACGAUUGGGAGGUUAUUGAUGAUAAGUACGGAAAGAAAAGUACGAACAACGAGGAUGAUUUCUUCUCAAAAGACUAUACUUCGAGUAGUAGCAAGAAAACAACAAAGGAAGAUGAUUUCUUUGACUCAUUUGAGACGCAACCUGUGCAAAAAUCCCGCUAUACCGCAUCUUCUUCCUCUUCGUCAACAUCCCGUGCACCAACGACUCGCCUGACUGCUGGAGCAUCUCCAAUUUCGGAUGUUGAUCUUCAGAAGAAAUUCGGAAAUGCUAAAGCUAUCUCAAGUGAUAUGUACUUUGGAACGCCUGAAAUGGAUUGUGAAACAAGAAGUGCAUUGACCAAGUGUGAAGGACAGACUUCAUUUGGAUCCGAAGAUUUGUGGGGUAACGGAAGCCAGCAACGUCAAUCUAGUCAAGUUCCUGAUAUGUCUGAUUUGAAAGAUUCUUUCCGUGCCGGAGCUUCAAAGGUCGCUGAGAAAUGGUCAACGCUGUCGAGUUCAUUCUCUACUUACAUGUCGCGUGCUCCUCCAGCAACUGGAGAAAAAACAUAA